CAAGAAGGGUGUCAAGACGGCAGACCAGAUUCUCAAAAAAGUCCCUGACCAUGGCGAGACACUAUGUAUGAAGGGUCUUAUCCUCACACAUAUGGGUAAGCGUGAAGAAGGCAUGGAGUUGGUCAAGAAGGGCAUCCGACUCGAUUUAACUUCACACAUUUGUUGGCACGUAUUCGGGCUUAUCCAGAAGGGCGAGAAGGACUAUGAGGGCGCGCUCAAAUCGUACACUCAAGCACUAAAGUUCGAUAAAGAUAACCUCAAUCUACUUAGCGACGCUGCGAAUCUGCAAACGCAGUUACGACAUUUUGAUGCGUUGCAAGAAACACGCGAACUCAUUCUCCGACUCCGUCCUAAUAUGAGGAAGAAUUGGGUGUCUUUAGCUGUGGCGUACCAUCUGAACGGUAACCUUGCGGGCGCUAAGAAAAUACUGGAGAAGUUUAUGGAGAUUGUCAAGAACAUCCCGGAUUAUGACUUUGAACACUCAGAACUGACGUUGUAUCACAUCCGGGUACUUGAAGAACUUGGAGAGCUUAACGAAGCGCUCGGGAAGCUGGAUGACGCUGCGAAAUCAAGGGUAAUCGUCGACCGAACAGCAGUCAUGGAAACUCGAGCCAGGUUACUGACCAAGCUAAAGAACAUAUCGGAAGCAGAAGAGACAUGGCGCUCACUUAUAGAGAAGAACCCGGAUUGUUAUGAUUACUAUAGAGAAUUUUUCAGUAAUAAGGGCAUUUCAUUAGAGAACGUGACGGACGAAAACUGGAGUGCGAUUCUCCAAACUCUAAAAGAAUUAUCCGACCAGUAUCGAGCUACUACACCACUCAGACUUGGUUUAGCUGUCGCAACAGGCAAUGAAUUUAAAGAGCUUGCUCGUUCUUACCUGCUUGAUGGCUUUAGACGAGGUAUUCCAUCGCUUUUCUCCGACGUGAAGGGCUUGUAUGCCGAUUCCGCUAAGCAAUUGGCCAUCGAAGAGGUUGUACUUGCGUUAAGAAAGGAUGAAGCAUCUGCAGCUAUUGCUAAUGGCGAUGCUUCAGCCAACUCUGAGGAUCCAUCAACCUACCUCUGGGUUCUCUACUUCCUUGGACAACAUCAGUCACAUCUAGGACGUUAUGAAGAAGCACUUCUCGUUCUUGAAGAGGCAAUUACCCAUACUCCUACACUUCCAGAACUUUACACUUGCAAAGGGCGUGUUCUGAAGCGUGCAGGAGACCUUGUCGGGGCAGUACAGUGCAUAGAAGAUGCCCGCGCGCUUGACUUACAGGACCGAUUUUUAAAUACGAAAAGCGGAAAAUACCACUUACGAGCUGGCUUGUCCGAGGAAGCACAGGUAAUUCUUGGACUUUUCACUAAAAAAGAUGCACCAUCGCCAGGAGCCGACCUUGAAGAGAUGCAAUCGCUGUUGUAUCUUACAGAGGAAGCGGAUGCGCAAAAUCGCCUUGGCAGGCUUGGUCCUGCACUGAAAAAAUAUCUGACCAUACGAAAAGUGUUUGAUGAUUUCGAUCACGACCAAUAUGACUUCCACUUCUACGCGAUAAGGAGAUUCACCAUGGAUGCAUACUUCAAACUGCUUCGAUGGGAAGAUAAGCUGUAUAACGACCCUGCUUUAGUUCAUGCCGUCUUAGAGGCAGCUCGCAUUUAUGUACGGGUACACGAUGAUCCUAAAUUAGCAUCGUCAUCUGCAUCAGCUCGUACAGACGCCGAGAAAAAAGCCCAAAAGAAGGCGAAAAAGGCGGCCAAGAAGAGUCACGAAGACGCGAAAAAGGCCAACUCGUCUGUAUCGAAUGAAGAUAAAGGCUUAGAUCCACCUACGCAAAAGGAUGAUGACCCCGAUGGAAUAAAAGCUCUCACCGCGUCUGACGGGUUGGAGCAAGCAUGGACGCUUUUGAAGCCUUUAGCAAUACAUCCUCUUGACCGUGUUGAUAUAUGCGUUGGUAUAUACGACGUUUCCAUCAGGCGACUCAAAUACUUGCAGGCGGUGAAGGCGCUGCUUGCAGCACAUGCACUGGAUCCAAAUGACGCUGACUUGCAUGUACGAAUUGUUGACUUUAAGUCACGAGUAUCUGCUCUCUCGAACCCUCUUCCGCAACCGAUAGCAGCAGCGGUUUUAUCCGCGAUCUCUACACUCAUACCGUCUGAGGUAUCACUUGAGACAUUCAACUCACAAUAUCUGCAACGCUACUCGACUUCAGCACGUGCUACACUUGCAGCAUCAGAAGCUUUGCAUCUUCUUCAUGCACCAGUCAAUGAGAUAGAGAGCACAGUGUUCGGCAUGCUCGCGCCUGAGAAUGCUGUAGAUAUUAAGACUACGCAGAAAGCCCUUGACUUCCUUACGACUAUCUCUUCUUCGCGGAGAGACGAGUUCCGCGAGGCAUGUGAUAAGCGUUUCCCAUUGUCUACGAUGUUCAAACCAGCUGAGGAACUCGCACGACUGCACGCUGAGGCACGCGCUCGGCGCCAAAAAAUCGCGGAAGGCGUUGCAGCAGUAUCAGAACCACCAAAAGCAGAACUCGUGUCGCCUUGAAAACUUCCUUGGCCUUUGACUUACUGGAGGUAUAGAUUCGUGUCUGAUCCC